CGGGAACGGGAGUCCGCAGCGGCCCCGCCGGCGAUGGAGCGGCGGGCGAGCUGUGUGCUGGGCUUCUGGCUGCUGCUCGCGUUCGUGGGCCCAGUGCAGGGCCGCCAGAAGGAGUCAGGCUCAAAAUGGAAAGUAUUCAUUGACCAAAUUAGCAGGUCUUUGGAGAAUUAUGAACCAUGUUCAAGCCAAAACUGCAGCUGCUAUCAUAGCGUCAUAGAAGAGGACCUGACACCUUUUCGCGGAGGUAUCUCCAGGAAGCUGAUGGCAGAGGUGGUCAGACGGAAGCUAGGGACCCACUAUCAGAUCAUCAAGAACAGAUUAUACCGGGAAAGUGACUGCAUGUUCCCCUCGAGGUGCAGUGGUGUUGAGCACUUCAUUUUGGAAGUUAUUGGGCGCCUCCCUGACAUGGAGAUGGUGGUCAAUGUCCGAGAUUACCCUCAGGUUCCUAAGUGGAUGGAGCCUGCCAUUCCUGUCUUCUCCUUCAGUAAGACGUCAGAGUACCAUGAUAUCAUGUAUCCUGCUUGGACAUUUUGGGAAGGAGGACCAGCAGUUUGGCCAAUUUAUCCUACAGGUCUGGGACGGUGGGACCUCUUCAGGGAAGAUCUGGUAAGGUCAGCAGCACAGUGGCCAUGGGAAAAGAAAAACUCUACAGCAUAUUUCCGAGGAUCAAGGACAAGUCCAGAACGGGAUCCUCUCAUUCUUCUGUCUCGGAAAAACCCUAAACUUGUUGACGCAGAAUACACCAAAAACCAGGCCUGGAAAUCUAUGGAAGACACGUUGGGAAAGCCAGCUGCUAAGGAUGUCCAUCUUGUGGACCACUGCAAAUACAAGUAUCUGUUUAAUUUUCGGGGUGUAGCUGCAAGUUUCCGGUUCAAACACCUUUUCUUGUGCGGUUCACUUGUGUUCCAUGUUGGUGAUGAGUGGGUAGAAUUCUUCUACCCGCAGCUGAAGCCAUGGGUUCACUAUAUCCCUGUGAAAACAGACCUCUCCAAUGUCCAGGAGCUAUUACAGUUUGUAAAAGCAAAUGAUGAUAUUGCUCAGGAAAUUGCUGAAAGGGGAAGCCAAUUUAUCAUGAACCACUUGCAGAUGGAUGACAUCACUUGUUACUGGGAGAACCUCUUGACUGAAUACUCCAAGUUCCUGUCCUAUAAUGUAACAAAAAGGAAAGGCUAUGAUCUGAUUAUGCCCAAAAUUUUGAAGACGGAACUAUAGUGGUCAUCGAAGGACCAGAGUCCUGUGUGUGGCGGUGAUCUGAGAUGUCCUGUGGUGAGGAUACCGUGAGCAUGGUACCUGUACUUGGAACACAUCUUAUCAAGCCAAGCCUCCAGUUUUCUUAUCAUGCUGCAUCCAGAACGAGUCUUGAGAAGGCUCUAAGACGCACGUAAUAAGCAAGAGUGAAGCAGUUCAACUCUUGGCUGAGGAGAGGCCAGAACCCAUGAGAUGUGGAUUCAGAGUGGGAAUCUCCCUUUCAUGUUCUUAGGACCAAUCACAGCUUGUGCCUGAGAUCGCCUGUGUGUGUGUGUGUUCAACACUGUGAGACUGGCUGGGUCCACGCGGUGACGCCCUUGGUCCUAGGAUUUGGAGCAGGAAAUCCAUCGUUUGGAACUAGUACAGUGCGUUGCUGCACGUGUGGGAUUAUUUUGCGCUAGAUCUCUGUUGCUCUAGCUUAAUGUAGGAAUCCUGUGGGGUUUGUGAAAAAAAAAAUCUGGGGAUCAUUUCCCAAAAAGUCCGAGGGAGCAGUGGCUAUGCCCUGCAGGGCUGCCGGAGUUCUUUUGUAAAAGGAUGAAUUUGGUAUUCGGGAGGUGUCUAUGACGCACAGUUGCAGGAGGGGUUUUUGCAGUUGGAUUUCAGCCCUCAUUUUGUGCCUUUAUUCCCGUCUUGUCUCUGUAAAGGAGAGACAGAGAGCGGAGAGAAAGAUCCUAAUAAUGCUCUAGGAAGUAGUCUCAUACGUUACAUCAACUAUGCGUAGGAGAGCAGCUCAAGUAGGCAUGGUGGUUCAUGCCUGUAAUCCCAGCCCUUGGGGAUACGGAGGCAGGGGGAUCGGUAGUUCAAGGCCACCUUAAGUUACGUAGGAAACUUGAGACCACUUUGGGCUGCAUGAGACUGUCUCAAACACACACAAAGACUGCUUCUCUCACCUUUUUUUGUUUCGUUUUGUUUUUUAAGGUAGGGGCUCGCCCUAGCCCAGGCUGGCCUGGGAUUCACUCAGUCAUCUCAGGGUGGCUUUGAACUUAUAGAGACCCUCCUAAGUGCUGGGAUUAAAGGUGUGCACAUCGCGCCUGGCCCCUCUGCCUUUUGUACUUCAUUGUACACCUUGUUCUUCCUUAAACUACUGGCAGCAGGACUGAGGGCAGAGAUCGCAGUCUUUGAUGUGAACACAUCAUCAAGUGUUAAUUUAGAGUACUUGGCUGUAACAUAUACUUGUGCAAAUCACUGUUGGAGUCCUUUUCUUACUUUUGAAAAAGACAUUUGAAUAGUUUAUUCUCUCAGAUGCUGUCCCUACUAUAGUAAAGAAAAAUGAAAAACA